GAGGGUUUUGCUCUGCCUAACUCGCUUGGCCUUCCGAGCUCGUAUGUAUGUAUGUCUCCAGUCUAAUCGUCCGAUGACUCCUCCGAGCUGGACCGACGGAUGAAUUUGGUCCCAGAGUGACAUAUCGAUUCAAGUUGUGUUCGUGUUUCCCGCGCUUUUAACGCUUCACCGGAAAAGAGGGUGGUGGGGGAUGCCGAGCCUUCGCUGCCUUGUUGGGCGAUGUCACCGCUCAAGGCUUGCUGCAGCCCGUCCCCGUCGCAUCCAUCAUUGGGAGGAAGCGGGGCCUGGAGUCGAGGAGACCCAAAUGCAGCUGUGUCGCCCGGGAUGCGACAGAGACGGGGGUUAGUAGGAAGACGUUAUUGAGUUCAGUACAGCCGGUGGUCUCGUCGACGUCGUACCGAUCCGGGACCACACUGGCUUGUUGCGUCGGGCAUUUUUCUGUCAUUGAAGGUGGCUCCCUCCAGAUGGUAUCAUAUUGUGAGCGAUAUUGGAUCCCUCCACCCCCAAAAGAAAUUUUGAACCGUCCCCAGCGGAACUCGGGGGUAUAAAAAAUAAAGGAAAAUUUUCCCCCUUCCUUUUCAAGAUGCAUCUCGCCGCCUCUCUCAUCGCCCUUGGCUCUCUCGCCGCAUCGGCCGCGGCCGCCGCGGCGCCAGGCUACCAGUAUCCCGACUUCGUGCCGCUCCACAAGCGCCAGACCUCGGGCCCGUCGUAUGAGUGUCACGCCAACUGCGGGUAUCUCAUCCAAAUGUCCAAGGCCGACAAGGAUGGUACCGCCUACUGUAAAAAUGAGAAGUGGCUUCAGUACUAUCACGGCUGCAUGAAGUGCGCCAUCAAGGAGAACAUUUGGAACGACUAUGGCAGGGGCGUCACCGCAGCUGUCGACAAGUGCCCCGGCCUCAAGGUCGACCUCGAGGGCACUGGACAGCCUAGCGGUCAGUCCAGCGCCCCGGCCACGACGACUGUUCCGGCCGCGACCACGCCUGCCCAGCAGACUACCUCGUCUGCGGCGCAGCAGCCCACGACGACGGCCACCCAGCAGCCGCCCGCGACCCAGAGCUCGGGCAGCUCGACUGUCCCAAGCACCAAGGCCCCCAGCGGCACGACGCAGUUCAGCACUGGCAGCGCCGGCGGCGGCGUCGUUGUUCCCACGGUCUCUAGCUCUGCCCCUGGCCACUCCUCCAACAGCACUGCGAAGCCUAGCUCCGUCACUGUUUCCGGCGGCGCGCAGACUUUCGGGUCCAGCCUCUUUGUCGCGGGUAUGGCGGCUCUCGUUGCCGCCGCUUGGUUCUAAUAGCACGUCACCUGUGCAACUGAAAUAACUGCGGUGAUGACGACGCGGUUCUAAAAUGACACGGCUCUUGGUUGGGCCGUGUCUUUAAUUUCGUAUUCAGCGGUACAUAAGUAGUUCUGGAGGCAGUGCUUCUCGUUCAGUCAUAAUACACGCGUGCGCGAUCGUCGUACGCUAUUUCAGCU